AGCAAACUAUUUUUUUUUUUUGCGAAAAUAUCAUUAACAAACAUUUCGGCAAAACGACCGGCUUAUUGACAGCAGGAAAAUCUCAUGCGUGGGCGAACCGAAGCAAGCUGAAUCCGAAGCAUUCCCGCUCCGGCCCAGAACCGGAAACCAGCAGCAGGCACUCCGCAAAGAGGAGCCCAAGAGCGAGCAAUAAACCGGCAACGGCAACCCAGAACGCUGCUCCCUGCGGGCCAAACCCAUGCGAGUGACAGAGAGAGGGCUGGCGAGAAGAGCAGAAGCAGAGCAGCACAGAGCGAGUUCUGCGCGAAUAGAAAAUAGCGAAAAAGUCAUCAAUUAUAUUUAGGCCAUGAAGAGCGUGCUGAUGGUGGCCGAGAAGCCCUCGCUGGCAGCCUCGCUGGCGGGCAUCCUCUCCAACGGCCGCUGCACCGCCAAGCGGGGCACCGGCAACGGCUGUUCUACGCACGAGUGGACGGGCAGCUUCCGCAACGAAGGCAGCGUCCACUUUCGGAUGACGUCGGUGUGCGGGCACGUGAUGUCGCUGGACUUCAUCAGCAAGUACAAUUCGUGGGACAAGGUGGAUCCCGUGGAGCUCUUCGGCUGUCCCACCGAGAAGAAGGAGACGAACCCCAAGCAGCACAUGCGAUCCUUUCUGGCGCAGGAGGCGCGUGGCUGCGAUUAUCUGGUUCUUUGGCUGGAUUGCGACAAGGAGGGCGAGAAUAUCUGCUUUGAGGUAAUGGACGCAGUGCAGCACGUCAUCCACAAUGUGUACAGCCGCCAGGUGACCUAUCGUGCCCACUUCUCCGCCAUUACCGACAAGGACAUCAAGGGCGCCAUGGAGACUUUGGGGCAUCCCAACGAGAACGAGGCCAAGUCUGUGGAUGCGCGACAGGAGCUGGACUUGCGAAUUGGCUGUGCCUUCACCCGCUUCCAGACGAAGUUCUUCCAGGAUCGUUACGGCGACCUGGACUCCUCGCUAAUCUCCUACGGCCCCUGCCAGACGCCCACGCUGGGCUUCUGUGUGAAGCGUCACGACGACAUCCAAACCUUCAAGCCGGAGAGCUUCUGGUAUCUGCAGCUGCUCGCCGGCCAGCCGGAGUUCACGCUGGAGUGGGCGCGCGGACGCGUCUUCAAGAAGGAUGUGGCCAUCAUGCUGCUGAAUCGUGUCAAGGAGCAGAAGGAGGCCACGGUGGAGAGCGUGGGCAGCAAGGAGGCAUUCAAGAGCAAGCCCCAGGCCCUGAACACCGUGGAACUGAUGCGGAUAUGCAGCUCCGGGCUGGGCAUUGGCCCGUUCCAGGCCAUGCAGAUAGCGGAGCGCUUGUACACGCAGGGCUACAUCAGCUAUCCGCGAACGGAGACCAACCAGUAUCCGGCCAACUUUGACCUGCCGGCCGUGCUCCGUGUGCUGCAGCCGUCGGGCGAUUUUGGGGACGAGGCACGCACCAUUCUGGGUGACCUGCAGACGCCGCGUAAGGGCAAGGACGCGGGCGACCAUCCACCAAUCACGCCCAUGAAGCUGGGCAACCGGAGUGACUUUGAUCGCGAUACCUGGCGCGUCUAUGAGUUCAUCUGCCGGCACUUUAUGGGCACGGUGUCGCGCGACUUGAAAUACCGCGUCACCACGGCCAAGCUGAGCGUGGGCCUUGAGACGUUCACCUGCACGGCGAAUGUCCUGCUCGACGCUGGCUUCACCAAGGUGAUGACCUGGCAGGCCUUUGGCCGGGACGAGCCAAUGCCGCCGUUUGUCCAGGGCACUCAGGUGGCCAUCAACGAUGUCCGGCUGGCGGAGAGCCAGACGGGGCCGCCAGAUUAUCUCACCGAGGCGGAGCUGAUAACGCUAAUGGAGCAGCACGGCAUCGGAACGGACGCCUCCAUUCCGGUGCACAUCAACAACAUCUGCCAGCGGAACUACGUGCACAUCGAGAACGGACGGAAGCUGAUACCCACGACGCUGGGCAUUGUGCUGGUGCACGGCUAUCAGAAGAUCGAUCCGGAACUGGUGCUGCCCACCAUGCGAUCCGAGGUGGAACGGAUGCUGACGCUAAUUGCCCAGGGCUCGGCCGAUUUCCAGGACGUGCUGCGCCACGCCAUCCAAAUCUUCAAGCUGAAGUUCAUGUACUUUGUGAAGAACAUUGCCAACAUGGAUGCGCUCUUUGAGGUCUCCUUCUCGCCGCUGGCGGAGUCGGGCAAGGCGCAUUCGCGCUGUGGCAAGUGUCGACGGUACAUGAAGUAUAUACAGACGAAGCCCGCCCGGCUGCACUGCUCGCACUGCGACGAGACCUACUCCCUGCCCAUGGGCAAUGUCAAGGUGUAUCGCGAGUUCAAGUGCCCGCUGGAUGACUUUGAUCUGCUGGCCUUCUCCACGGGCGUCAAGGGACGGUCGUAUCCGUUCUGUCCCUACUGCUACAACCAUCCGCCGUUCAGCGACAUGCCCAAUCUGGGCGGCUGCAACACCUGCACGCACUCCACCUGCCCGCACUCGCUAAACACGCUGGGCAUCUCCGGCUGCGUUGAGUGUCCCACCGGCGUCUUGGUGCUGGACUGCACCCUGGCGCCCACUUGGAAGCUGGGCUGCAAUCGGUGUGAUGUGAUCAUCAAUUGCUUCAAGGGCGCCACCAAGAUCACAGUGGAAGAGGCCAAGUGCCAGGAGUGCGGGGCGCAGCAGGUGAACGUGGUGUAUAAAUCCGACAAGAGCAAAUUCAAGGAUGGCAGCGAGGAAAAGACCGGCUGCAUCUUCUGCUCCACGGAUUUCUCGCAUUUGGUGGAGAAGCAUCGGGCGGUGGCGUCACGACCCGUUCGCAGUGGAGGCGGUUCCCGGGGCGGCAAGGUGGGACGCGGCGGUGGCGCUGCCGGCGGACCCGCUGCCGCUGGGCCAGGUGGAGCGGUGGCUGCCGGAGGAGCGGGCGCACCGGGUGGCGGCGGGGGACGUGGCGGACGCGGUGGAAGGCAGCCCAAGGAUAAAAUGGCUCAGCUGGCGGCGUAUUUCGUUUGAGUGUGUGUGGUCGGCACGUCAGUGGCUUGCAUUUAAAAACAAACAUACGAAAUCCACAAAGAACCCACAAAACCGAAUAAAAGAAACAAAUUGUA